CCGUCAGUUUUCGCUUCAGCUUUCCAGCCACUCAGUUCACGUCGAACAUUGAUGCAGUCGGUGUGCUACGAUUUCACUCGUAAUUUGUUUCGGCGUCAUUCUACGCUACACAUUUUGUUUGGUCUGAAUUAACGCUUCGAUGCUGUUUUUUCUAAAUCAUACGGAACGGAUGUUUUUGUUUGUGAGGGUCAGCGACACGGGCUAUAUUUUCCUCCAUCCGUGAGACGAAUACAACGGAGACCACGGAACGACGGGGAUACGAGAUUUCGUUUGUUUUGUGUUUUGGGAGAAGUCUAAAUUUAGCGUUGACCGAGAAGUGUUUCGAUGAAUUAACUCGUGCAGGAAGACCUUCGUUAGAAUUGGGUUGUGAAACGGAAACAGAUGAAUGCGGAAGUGAAACAGAGAGGAACUAAAAAACAGAGAAGAACGAACCAGGGGAACUCGCUAUUGGCGUUGGCUACGUCUCCCAUAUACAAGGCAAAUAAUUGAGGAAUGAUAUCAUCGUCGUUCACAGUGAUUUGACCGCCCCAUUCGGCGCUACUCCGGUGCGGAAACUAGCAAAAAAUAAAUAUAGUUGAAGUGUUGUUAAGUGUAAAACAUUGAACGAAUACCGUCACCACCGUGAAGCGGCAUUGCUGUCUAUUGAGGUCAUCGAAGAUGUUCGCUGGUUAUUGCCGCUGCUAGUUUGCGGGCCGUUGGAAAACUUUCUCGCAAAAUACUCCAGUGGAACGGCAAAUUUCCGAGAGAAUAGUGCAGCAAAAAUAGUGCACAGCACUGCGUAUUAUGAGCGCUAGUCGGAUCCCCAAGUUUUUAAAACCGGAUGACGAGUCAUUCUCAUCAGAACGUGACGCAGCCCCUACCGAUGAUCACGUAACCUCGUUCGUGUUCAACGCCCAUCACUCGCUCAACCUUUCCGCGCAGCGCGAACGUCUUCCGAUCCGACAGUAUCGCGACAAGAUCCUCUACUGUCUCGAGAACUACCAAACGCUGGUACUGGUCGGCGAAACGGGGUCCGGCAAGAGCACACAAGUACCGCAGUACCUGUACGAGUUCGGAUGGCAGGUAAAGGGACUGAUCGGUAUCACCGAGCCGCGCCGCAUCUCGGCCAUCACACUGGCAGACCGCGUGGCGACAGAGCGCGGGGAGCUGAGUGGCGACACGGUGGGGGUAUCGAUUCGCUUCGUCUCGAAAUUCGAUCCAUCCCGGACCAAGAUCAAAUACAUGACCGAAGGAAUUCUGCUGAGGGAGAUGAUGGCCGAUCCUCUGCUGACCCAGUACGGUGUGAUAAUAGUCGAUGAGGCUCACGAGCGGAGCAUACUCACCGACACCGCCCUGGGACUUUUGAAAAAGAUUGCUCGAAAGAGACCAUCGCUGAAGAUUAUUAUUUCGUCGGCCACGGUUGAUGCGGAGUUGUUCCAGGAGUUUUACAACUUGAAGAAGAAGGGCGAGAAGAAGGACACUUCAGUUAUACUAACAGUCGAGGGGCGAAUGUUUCCGUACGAAGUUUUUUAUUUGAACGAGCCCUGUCCAGAUUAUGUGAAGGCCACUGUAGAAACGGUUAUGAAGAUCCAUCGUAACGAACAGAGAGGUGAUGUGCUGGCGUUUUUGACUGGUCAGGAAGAGGUACUCAAGGCGUUUGAUUUGCUCCGUGAGCACAACGAUUCCAGCGGGAAGGAUGACAUGAUGAUUCUUCCCAUGUAUGGAACAUUAUCUAACACGGAUCAGUUGAAGGUAUUUUUUAGUGCUCCAAAAGGGGUGCGGAAAAUUAUUCUGGCAACCAACAUUGCUGAGACAUCUGUGACCAUCCCGGGUAUUGUUUAUGUUAUCGAUUGUGGUUUCGUCAAGCUCAACUGGUAUUCAGCAGAAAGCACCACCAACAGUCUGGUAGUUGUUCCCACGAGUAAGGCGGCCGCAGAACAGCGCGCUGGUCGAGCUGGACGGGUUCGCAGUGGCAAGGUUUACCGUCUGUAUACAGAACAGGAAUGGGAGAAAUUACCCGAUCAUACUCCACCCGAAAUGCGUCGAUCGGAUCUCUGCAGCACGGUUCUCUACCUAAAAGCGCUUGGAAUCGACAAUAUUUUAAGAUUUACAUUCCCUUCUCCACCACCGGCGAAGAACCUUCUAGCUUCUUUAGAAACAUUAUACGCGCUAGAGGCCCUAGACGCGAAGGGAAAUCUAACGAGCCCGGUUGGGUAUUUCCUUGCGGAGAUGCCGAUCAAUCCGAUGAUGGCUAAAAUGUUGUACAAGGCUGGGGAAAUGGGUUGCUCGGAAGAGAUCGUCACCAUUAUUGCUAUGCUGCAAGUCCAGUCCGUAUUCUCCAAGCCAGCUAGCGGUCAAGCAUCGAUACGAGCACGAAUAGCUAAGCGUAACUUUGAGGUGGAAGAGGGCGAUUUGAUUACCCUUUUAAAUGUUUACGCGUCGUUUGUGGAAAAUGAUCGCACGAAAGAGUUUUGUGGGCGCAAUUUUCUUAUUUAUCGAAAUUUGAAAAGAGCUCACGAAAUCAAAAAUCAACUCUGCGGGAUGUUGGAACGAGAACUGAAUAUUCCACUGCUUUCCUGCAACGGUAACGUUGAAACAAUUUGCCGCUGCAUCGUUACCGGAUUCUUCUCCUAUGCCGCCUAUCUGCAUCAUUCGGGAGUUUAUAAGACUGUGCGAGGCAAUACAGAGCUAGCGAUACAUCCUAUCUCAGCUCUUUAUACGGAAGUACAACCCCAGUGGGUAGUUUUUUGUGAACUGAUGCACACCACAAAACUGUUCAUGAAAGACAUAACGGUCAUCAAGCAAGAGUGGCUCACCGAAUUGGCACCACAUUAUUAUCACAAAGUAACAGUGAAGGAUUUCUAACGCGAAUAAAA